AUGAUUACCAACGAUACCUUUGAGGGUAAUGAUAAUAAUGAUGACGUUGUAUUUCAUGAAUCGGAGAUAUCCAUACCUCGUCCAAUUCGAUUUUGGCUUUUAUUAUUAUUUGAUAUUCCAUCCAUCAUAUGUUCUUUAUUUUUACUUUUUCAUCUUUUAUUUAAUAAAACUUUACGAUGUCAUUUAAUAAAUCAACUUAUGAUUGUUUUACUUAUCAUUGGACUAAUAAUAGAAUUAGCGGAUAUCCAAUUUUAUCUUAACUUUUUACGUAUUGGUAUUGUACAACCAGCAAUACCUUUCAUAUGCAUCUUAUGGUGGUUUAUGGAUUUAGGUCUAUAUAAUGGAUAUACAAUAAUUAUGGCAUGGAGUACUAUUCAUCGUUACUUAUUUAUAUUUCAUGAUCAACUAAUUUUUCAAGGAAAGAAACGUUUUCUUUUUCAUUAUUUACCUCUAAUCAUUUUACUUCUCUAUAUAUUGACUUUUUAUAUAAAAGUGAUAAUCUUUCCACCAUGUAUGCAUAUAUUUGAUUAUACAUUACCUGUUUGUAAUGAUUCUCCAUGUUAUUUGAAUAAUCUUGUUCUUGGCAUAUGGGAUUCUGUUGUGAAUAGUAUUUUACCAACAUUUAUCAUAUGUAUUUUUAGUGUCAUUAUUCUUAUUCGUGUUCAUUAUCAAAAACGACAUGUUAUUAAUCAACGUAACCGAUGGCGUAAAGAACGUAAAAUGGCAAUUCAAUUAAUUUCUAGUUCUGUUGUAUAUCUUAUACCCAAUAUUCCUCUCAAUCUUAUAAUGUUGGCUCAUCUUUGUGGUCUACCAGAAAGUGUAGGGGUUAAAGUUGAACUGUACUUCGAUUUUUUAUGUUACUUCGUCAUAUUUCUAUAUCCUUUCAUAUGUCUUGGUUUUAUAUCUGACGUACGGAAGAAAAUACAAUGGAGAAGGUUAUUUUUACUACAGCGACCACAACAAAAUCCAAUUGUUAGACCUCAAUGA